CAUAGGAGGCGUUGCCAAGUCCAUCGUUUCUUUUAUUGCAAUAUUUAAUUUCUGUCCUGGAAUUGAACCUGAAAAUGUCGAUAAAUUCGGAAUCAUUUGGUAAACUCAUUGGCGUUAUUGGUGAUGAGGACACCUGUGUAGGCUUUCUGCUUGGCGGCAUUGGCGAAGUCAGUGAGGGCGAGGAUCGUGAACGCAAUUUUUUCGUUGUGGAAAAGGAAACUACUGCAGCAGAAAUCGAUGCUUGCUUCAAGAAAUAUUUAGAGCGCUCCGACAUUGGCAUCAUUUUGAUCAAUCAGGUCUAUGCGGACAUGAUACGCCCCACAGUCGAUGCACAUUUGGCGCCGUUGCCGACUGUGGUGGAGAUUCCAUCGAAGCAGCAUCCGUACGAUGCCACCAAGGACUCGGUUAUGAAGCGCGCAUAUGGUAUUAUAAAUCCGCCCAAGAGGCGCCGCUGAUGGCUCGACUUAGGCAAUCAAUUAGGGCUGGAGGAGAGCGUAAUGAAAGAUUUGCAUAGUUUUCAAAAGUAUCUACCAAAUGCCAUUGCCAAGCCCAUUUCAAUAGUGAAAAGUCAGCCCAAAGAGAAGUCCCGAACAAAGCACGCUCAGAAAUACCAAUACAAGCACACGAAGAAAUAAGAAAAUAAAGCUUAUACAUAUAUGUACAUACAUAUAUAGGUAUGUAGGAAAUUGCCAAAAAACUGCAGCAGCAACAAUCUGAAAAGAGGAACAAAAAUGCGUUGCGCUUGCAACAAAAUUGAAAACAGCAACCGCAACAACAACAACAACAACAACAGCAACAUCAGCACAGCAGGAGCAACAAUAGAAGGAGCAUCAGCAGCAGCAGCAGCAGCGCCAUAACAAAAGUAACAACAAAGUGAACGAAAACGAUACAAAUAAGCGCCAAAAAUGCCAAUACAUAGCAAAAAUGCAAAAGAAAACCAAAUAAAACACAAACCCAGC